CCCUUUGUAACUCUUUGCAGUCAGCAACUACUCAAGAUAGUAGUUUUGUAUCAUCUGUAAACUUUGCCACCUUACUCUUUACCUCCUUUCCCAGAUCAUGUAUGAAUAUGUUGAACAGUAUAUUCUCCAGUUGGGAUGGGUGAAGACCUUGGUAUUUGGUGGUUGUAGCUGGAAAGUGGGAUAUGUGUGAUGUCCUCAAUAGCAAUACCUACCAAAAAUUGGAGAGACCCCGGGUAAAACCUAUAGCUUUCAUAUUAGACAAGGGAAUGGGAGGUUUAAAACUCAUUUUGGAUACCCCUACUUCACUCAAAUAGCUGAAUUAAUAGUUGGAAGAAAAAAAUUAUUUGUGGAAAGGAUCUGGGUGUUGAAUCUUUAUCUAGAGGCUAAGAACUUCCAAGGCACAAGUCGGUGUUGUCCGAGAGAGGCUUCAACCCAAACAGGUACAAAGCUAAAUUUGACCUUCCUGAUAUUACUAAGGUGAAGGGAAAACCCCUUUGUUUAAGGUUGAAGCAGCCACCUUAUUUCUACAUCGUAUAGAAGUAAAAUAUUAGCACAAACCCAUUCUUUGCCUGCAGGCCAUCGUGACGUGAUCUGGAAGACGCUGGUGUUUGUCAGAAGACAUGCUUGUCUCUUUAAAGCAAUUUUUUCUCAGUCAUUUAGUAAGCUUGGCUAGCUUUCAGACAGCAGCCUUUUAAAAAUCUGUGUCUGACCUGUCAGGAAAUGUAGAAAACAGGAACUGAGGGUGCUUUUCUGAGGUCUGCAAGAAAUUUCAGCAAGGCCCCGGAAGAGUGAUGUCCAUUUGCAAAGUAGCUUCAUAAACUGGUUGCCUCUUAAUCUUUCAGGAUCUCUGUGAAUCUACUGCUGUUCUAAUGGGAGCUACAAGAAGAGUUAUCCAGGAAGCUUUAAAUAAUGUGGGAUUAUAUUAACAUAAAUCUCAAUAUAAUCUCAACUUCAUGAUUCAAUAUAUUCUAUCAAAUAAACAAGCAGCAGGUUGGCCUAAAAUGGAGGAACAAUUGAGAUGAGAUCAUCUCAACAAAUCUAAAGACAAACCUCAUUUCAGCUUGGUUUUCUCCCAAUCAUCCCGCCACUGGGAGGUGAGGGGCGGGUUUAAUGACACAGACCAAUGGGAGUCCUGACACUGGAUCCGUUGCAGAGACUGCUCUCCUAGCAGCCCUUGAAAAGAGCAGGAAAAGGAAAUCCCUGGAAAUGGCCUCUGCCAUGUUCCUCUCUUGUGUUCUAUGGAUCCUUUGUAGAGCCCCUGCGUCAAGUCAUCUCUGGUGCAUACGUGCGCAGGUGUGUGCUCCUUACGGAGCAAUGGAAGAGGAAUUCCCUCUCCCCAUCCAGCUGCUUUGAGGGAGAGGGAUAGAGAUGGGCUGCUCGGUGGCUUCUUGGCAUGGAGACCUCCAUCCAGUCUCUCUAACGAAGAGGACCCCUUCCAACAGAGACUGGGGAAAGCAGUCUGCCUGAAGUUCUGUGGAUGAAGUCACAAAUCCAAAGGUGACAUCAUAGUUGAGUCUGUUGAUGGCCUUGGGCUGGCAGUCCCCAGUGGAUACACAGCAGGAACAGGGAGAAUGUCUACUUCUGAGAAACUGAGCAGCUGUUUGAUGGGCUCAGAGACUCAUAGGAUCAGUGUUCAUCCCUCUGUGGCAUGGUGAGUGAUGAAAGACAGGACACCCAAGGAACUUUGCUUUUCACAAUACUUAGUUAAUUUAUUGCUGCUUCUCUGAGUCACCCUCCAGUAUAGUAACCCCUUCUAUUAAUCAAGCCUUCCUCCUUGCUAGGAUGAUAUAGUGAGUUAGCGUGUAAGUGCAUUGAAAUUCUCUCCUAAUUUCCCCAUCUGUAAAAUGGGAAUAAAAAUGUCUCUACCUUCUUGGACAUUGUAAGGGUUAAAUCGAACUUGUAAAACAAUAAGGACCUGCACAUGCAGCUCCCAUUGACUUUAGCUGGACUUUCUGCAUAUGUCUGAAAAUCAGGCCUUAAAUAACUUCAAUUCAAGGUGCUUAGCACCUUUUAUGUCAAACCCUUCCAUAGCUACCAGGAUGUGAGUUCAGGAUUACAUAGCUCCGCAGUAAGAACUACUGACAUCGUAGUACCUAAAGCAGUAUAGAGAGUGUCGUGUCCUACUUCAGGUUACGCUAAUUUAUACUGGAAUUACUUUAAUACAAAUAUUAAUACCUGAAUAGCCAUUUUAAGGGUUGAAAGACUUGCAGCCUUAUUAAUGAUUACAAUCUCUCUCCCACCCCCAAAGCAAAUACAGCUACAUUUUAUCUGUUUGAAAUUUCAGGGUAGACAACGAUUCUGAAGAUGAAGGAAGCCUUAAACAGUAUCAAAUGGGGCAAAAGGUAAAUGAGCAGUGAUGGUAUUGAUGGACACAGUGUUAUAUGGAAAAGGGCUGUUAUCAGAUGUUCCUAAAAUGCAAAUGGAGCAGGAUUGUUGUGGUGAUAUUUUCUUAACUGUACACUGUAUUUUCUUAACUGUGGAAGGUUAAAUCAUACAAUAUCAGGGCUGGAAGGGAAUGGUUUCCUGCUUUUAAACCCCAAUGUGCCCAGUUCAUCUCGGCUUUGGGGCUAAACUCUGUGCCGUUGCUGAGCGGGUGCAGGGAAUGUUGGUUUGAUGCUUAUUUUGCGCCUUUCCUCUCCUGGACCAGCGAGGGGCUUAUUCAGCUCGCAGCACAGAUUGAAACAGCCUGAGUGCUGGGCUGAUUUGCACCCAGUUUGCCUGUGACAAAUGGGCCAGUGUAGCAACUGGGAAUCGACAGCGCUUAGCCAUGCCUGCUUGUUUCUGGGAUUGCCUUUGCCAUGUCCCUUGUGCCAGGGUCUCCUGCUGAGAACGGCAGAGAGCUAGCGAUGCCAGUUGUACCCCAGCCAACGAAGCCCUCUAUGUAAAGUAAUUGCUUGGUGGCAGCUAUAAAUUGGGUCCUGUAUUUCUUAAGUGAUUUAAAAUUAAUGAUAUUGUAGUAAUGAAAUGGGGCUUAAGUGAGAGUUGUGGUGCAUAAGACCUUGUGUGGAGCUUCUGCACUGUCAUGGAUUUACCCCUGUUGAAGUCUGUGGGGCUACUAUCAAUAGUGAGGACUACUUCCAUGAACAAGUGUUUCCAGAACUGGACCUUCAGUUUCUAAGGUCUUCUGGGCAGGGGCCAGUUCUCUGCUUAUCUGUAUACGCUCUCAUAAGGUUACUGCUUAUAAGAUGUUUACUAUCUUCCUGCUCUUGCCCCAUUUAUAUAAGACCUGAGUAAAGAGGGCUCUCUUAGGUGUAAUAAAAGCUCUGCACAUGCUGUGCUUGAUCCUAACUGUUUUUUCAGCUCACUGGACUUCUGAGCAAAUCUGUCUCGAGCUGCUCAUCUCCCAAACAAAUACUGAAGUUCCCAGAAUCCACUGAUACCUCCCGUGCACAGCAAGUUGAGGACCAGAUCAAUUAUGAGCAUUUGCAAAAAUUGGAGCGAUCGUUCCGGGAAGCGGACUUAGACAAGGGUGGAGGGCUGGAUCUUAAGGAGUUCCGCAAGGCAAUGAAGAAGAUAAUGGACAAUAUUACGGAAGAAGAUAUUGAUAUCAUAUUUAUGAAAAUUGACACUGAUUGUGAUGGCUCCGUGGGCUGGGAGCCAAGGCCAGGAAAUCAUCAAGGUGCAGUUUUUCCCAAGCCAGGGCCGGGCAAGGGACAGGGAUGAAAAGGCCAAGAAAAGUAGCGGUUGGAAUCUGUCAGGGCGAUUCCUGACGGUCAGCAGGGAUGGAAUCUUACUCUACUGGAGUGACACGUUCAAACUGCUCCGCACUGUCCAGCUUGACCAGUCUGGACGACGGCCCAGUCAGCAGAUGUGGGUCACUGACAUGGUGUGUCUGUCUAAUAUCAACCUGUUGGCGAUAGCAUCUACUGAUCAGAUUAUUGAAUUCUUUGAUAUCAGUGGCAACAAAUGUGACAGGCUCUUUUCCCUCAUUGAGCUUGACAGCUGUGUUACGGCCUUGGAUUACUGGACAGAUGGGUACAAAGGAGUAUUUUGUGUUGGCGAUGUGAAAGGAAACAUUCUGAUCUUCACCUCGCUGGACGUUCUAGCAAAUGGGAUCUUCAACGUCCGUCACUAUAUAACUAAGCCAGGUGUCUUAGCCAGAAUCCCAGUGCAUCUUCUCCUGAAAGGAAAGGCCAGCCUAUACAGAAAUUUCCGAGUGCCGGCUCUCCAUGGGGACUGGUGCCACCAGAUAAAAUUCAUUCCUCAGCUCAAUCUUGUUGCCUCCUGCUCAGCAGCUGAUAAGAGAGCCAUGGUGUUUACUUCACUUCCACUACAUAUCAUGGGUAAACCCCAGUCAUCAACGAUUGCUUUAAAGAAGGGCAUUCUCUGCUUCGAUUAUUCACCUGAGAUGAACGUGCUUGUGACCGGGGGAUUGGAUCCACUGGUUAGAAUAUGGAAUCCAUUUGUUACCAACAGCCCCAUAACGCUGAUGAAAGGCCACGUUACUGCUGUGACUCACAUAAUAGUGAAUGGAAAGAGAAACACCAUCCUCAGCAUCUCCAAAGACAAAAAUAUCCGUGUUUGGGAUUUGCUGGAUCACUUUUGUCUCCAGUCCAUUCCUGGCAGGAGUAUCUCAUUAGGAAAUUGCCCGAUUGUUGAUGCCUAUUACAGCGCGUUAAACAAUAUGCUUAUCUGCACCACCUUCUCCAUUGGAAUUUUCUAUGGAGAGGUAGAAUUCAUGGAAACCAUUAACUCAGAAGUCACGUCCCAUGACCAGCCGCUAUGUACAGCCCUGUAUAACAGGAACUUCAAACAGGUGGUGAGUGGUUGCCAUCGUGGGAUGGUCAGAGUUUGGGAUAUCAUGACUGGGCAAAAGAUGAUGCAGUUUAUGACCUCAGAGGGCAAGCACACUGAAAUAACAGCAAUGGCUUUUGAUGGGCCGGAGAGACGCCUCAUUACUGCUUUGAAAGAUGGGACCAUCAAGUUCUGGAACUUCAACAACGGGGCCUGUCUGCUUGAGAUGCCUCACUUGGAUAAAACGGAGAUCACGGGAAUUCUGUACAUCAAUCUGAAGAUAUAUGUGACUGGCUGGAGUAAAAGAGUUACAUGGUACCUAGAUGUUAAAGAAGACGAGGUAAUUGAAUACAAACACUGGAAAUCCUACCACUCAGAGGACAUCUUCUCUAUAGCCAAAUAUAACAGUCAGCUCUUGGCUACCGCCUCGUGCGAUGGAGAUGUAGUGAUCUGGAGUACAGACUCGGGACAGGCACUCUGCAGGUUUAACGCAUCCCAGAGUCCUUUGACCCUUAUGCCAAACAGGGUGUUCACUGAGAGGAAGGAAGAUCCCAGCAGAGGAAAUAUCCCAAAGAAACCAUCAGUAUCAGUAAAGCUCAGCUGUUAUGCAGAGUCUGGGAAAAAGCGCUGGGCCGACUCGAGGACUAGCUUGGCAGCGAGGCUUUCAACUACUGAGAGUCCUUCCGUUUCCUCUUUUGGCCCAUGCAGAAAUUUGGCUCCUGCUCAAUCUGUUAUAAGACAGUCCAGAGAAAAGCAACUGGAUGAAGCUAAAAGGCAGCAGGCAGCCCAGCCUCCAGGAGGGGAAAAUACUGACCUAGAAAGUGAUUCUCCCAAAGACCAAGAUGCUGCUGAAACCAGCAACCAAGAGCCACCCUAUCCAAAUUGGCAGGAAGAGUUGAAGGGCCUCCCAGCUGCUGUGGAAAAGAUACUUUUCCUGGAGACACGUGAGCAGUCUCCUGACACAGCCAUUUUGCUAACCAGCUCUGCAGGUGGCUACAUCUAUGCCUGGUCAGUCAGUAGUGACGGGGGGAUGUUGGGCAAAUUUCAGGCAGUACAUGGUGGUGGUGUAAAUGCAGUAGUCGGUACCAUGUCCACGGAUCCAGAGGACUUCAUCUUGUUGACUGGAGAUUCCCUAGGUUAUAUUAAGAUCUGGGAUAUCGAGAAUUACUGCAAAUCAAAAGAGGUAAAGAAAGUUUCCAGGGCAGGAAAGACAGAAACAUCUCGUAGAAAUGAGAACAUGUUUCGUCACCUAAUCCCAAAAUACUGUAGAGUUCCUGCCAGAGAGAAUCCAUCGAUGGAAACUAAUGAGGUCCUGGAUGGCUGGAGUAUCACCCUCAUCCCCCCAGAUCUUUUAAACUCUUGGAGGGGUCAUCUGAAGAAUGUAUCCCACAUUGUGUAUGUGGAAAAGCUCAGACUGAUUGUCACGUCCAGCUAUGACUGCAACGUCAAACUCUGGAUGCUCUCAGGCAGGCACAUAGGGACCUUUGGGCAGUCAUUGUGGAACGUUGGGCUGCAGUAUCUGAGGCCAGCUGAGGUGCCAUCGGAAAUCCGAAGAGUUGGUUCCACUCAAACCCUGAAAGUGCUCAAUGAGGGCAAGUUCCCUCACUGGGAAGGUACUCGAAGCAUCAUGCACACGCUUAGCCAGCAGAGGAGGCAGCAGUCCAUGAUGACGAAUUUAUUGCACGGAAAAUCAAGCCUAAUCUCAGAUGUUAAUCUGAACUUCCAAAAAAUGAUCCAGAAAGAGAAGCGACUCACCCGUUACAUGGAUGAACAAAUUGAGGCUGAGUGGCACCAGUGGGAAGAGAAGGGGAAGCUGAAGAGUGAGAUCCUGGGCUCCUUCUACAAGCAAAAAGUGAGGCGUCAUUUGUCUGAAUUCCUCCCAGAUGUAAAGGCCUGUGUUACCCACAAAGAGCAGGCCAGGGUCUAUCACUGUAUCCAGUAUGCUGAUCUGCAGGAUGUCACUCCCCCUCCAGUGCCUGAGAUGUUGGUAGAGAUGCAACAAUUUCAAGUAAACUUUAGGAGAAAAUCAAGGUCAGGAAAAAGCUUAUCUGCUGCCAUUUCUCACAAGCUAAAUCUGAAAACCUGUCAACAAAGUAAACCGUCUUCACGCACAAAAGACUGAACUUUACUGAAAGAAGCUCAUCUGGUCCUUUGAAAUAGAUUGACCUGUAACAGGAAAAAAAUGUGUAGGAUAUGUGGAAAAAACAAACUCUGUUUUCUUAACAGAUGCUAGCAUCUGUACAAUAUAUAUGCAUCAUUUAUAGUUUGUAAUCGUCUUAGACAUUCUAGCCAUCUGUUUUUAUAAGUAUUAGAAACUAUUUCUGAACAGGUAACGUAUUUGAGAAAAUGCUGGAUCUUGCAAAUAAAGGUAACAUUUAUUUUA